AUGGCAGUGGUGAUGGGACAUUGGCCCAUCAUCCUCGCCGCGUCGGCGGCGGACGCCGACGCCAUCGUCGAGGCCUCGGAGCGAGCGCUGUCGGAGCAGGGCCUGGUGACGUCGCUGAACAUCGGCAUGAGGUGGAACGGGGCCCUGCUGCGGAUGCGCGAGGACAGCGGCGCCGCUGGAGCUCGCGGCCGGGCGCAUCGGGGCGCCGAGGGGCGGCAGCCUCAGCCCUGCACUUCCGCGGGUGGCCCCGCGGCUGGCAGCAGCAGCCGUGGGUGGCCGAGCGCGCGGAGGGCGGCCCGCUGCGCGAGGUGGGCACCCACUUCCUCUUCGCGCUCCACGAGCUUCUGGGCCACGGCUGCGUCGGCCGCGUCCGGGCCAACGUGCAGUAUCCGGACGGCUCCGCCGGCGCCCGAGCGGAGGAGUCCGUCGACGGCCUCCUGGAGGUGGUGCCCCAGGGCGCUCCGGCCCCCGUCUGCUUCCAGCUGUCCGUCAAGACGCGCGAGUGCGCCAGGAGGGACCUCUACGAGCUGCGCGUCGACGGGAGCGAGGGCUCGUUGCGGCUCUUCGACUUCACAAGCUUGGAGGGCCCCACCGGCCAGCUGCUGGUGGACAACGCGGACUACGGACGGCGAGAGUUUGUUGACGGGCUGGUCGCCGCGGCGCGGCGCGGAGGGCCGCCGCCUGCGGGCGCGGCGGCCAGCGCGCCGGCGGGCACCGUCUCGGCGCGGGAGGCCCGGAGCGCGCAGCGCGUGGUGGACGCGGUGUUG